AUGCACGGCCGGGCAAGCCACGACAUCGUCCGUCAUGGUAUCGAGAUUCUGGCUAACAUCACCCACCGUGGUGCGGCCGGUUGCGAUCCGUGCACCGGCGAUGGCGCCGGCCUGUUGAUGCAAAUGCCCGACGGGUUUCUCCGCGCGGUGGUCAAAGACCUUGGCUUCAAGCUGCCUAAGAAGGGUGACUACGCCGCCGGGUUGAUGUUCCUGCCCACCCGAGAAGACGAGCGGCAGCACUGCGAACAACGGUUCGAGGCACUCGUGGCCGAAGAGGGCCAGAAGUUCCUCGGUUGGCGCGACGUUCCGGUCGACAACCGCGAAAUCGGUCGUGUGGCUCGCGGGGUCGAACCCGUCAUCCGCCAAGUGUUCGUCGCCCGCGGCGAGUCCACUCCCGAGGAUAUGUUCGAGUGGAAGCUGUAUGUCAUCCGCAAGCGUCUGGAAAUUGAGAUCGGACAAAGCGAUCUCGUCCAAAACGAAUACUGCUAUAUCCCCAGCCUUUCGUCGCGAGUGAUGGUCUACAAGGGCCUGCUCCUGGCCCAUCAGGUCGAUCAGUAUUACACCGACCUGGCCGACGAGAGGAUGGAAACCGCGUUGGCCCUGGUGCAUCAGCGGUACAGCACCAACACCUUCCCCACCUGGGAUUUGGCCCAACCGUUCCGCUUCCUGGCUCACAACGGAGAAAUUAAUACCCUCCGCGGCAACGUGAACUGGAUGCACGCCCGCGAAGACAUGCUGGCCAGCGAGCGCUACGGCGACGACCUGCAGAAGAUUCUGCCGAUCUGCACCCCGCAGGCCAGCGACUCGGCCAUUUUCGACAACGCUCUGGAACUGCUCGUGGUUACCGGCCGCUCGUUGGCCCAAGCCAUGUCGAUGUUGAUUCCCGAGCCGUGGGCUAACCACGAAAGCAUGUCGGACGAGAAGAAGGCCUACUACGAGUACCAGGCUUGUCUCAUGGAACCAUGGGACGGUCCUGCCUCGAUGGCGUUCACCGAUGGUACCGCGAUUGGUGCGGUGCUCGACCGCAACGGUCUGCGUCCCAGCCGAUACUGGGUCACCAAGAAUGGUUUGGUUGUCAUGGCCUCCGAAGCCGGGGUGUUGGAUAUCAAACCCUCGGACGUCGAAUCCAAAGGCCGUCUGCAGCCCGGGCGUAUGUUCCUGGUUGAUACGGCUCAGGGCCGCAUCAUUACCGAUGAGGAAAUCAAGAACUCGCUUGCGGCUACGAACCCUUACCGCAAGUGGAUCGACGAGAAUCAACUCCGCUUGGACCAACUGCCCGAGCCGCGUACCAAUGGUCAAUCGACCAAUGGUACUCCUCAGGCUUCGCACUUGGCCCAACAACGGGCCUUCGGCUACACACUGGAAGACCUGCGGAUCAUCCUCGAGCCGAUGGUGGCCGACGCCAAAGAGCCGAUUGGUUCGAUGGGGAACGACACUCCACUGGCCGUACUCUCCGAUCGCCCGCAACUGCUGUACAGCUACUUCAAGCAGUUGUUUGCUCAGGUUACGAAUCCGCCGCUCGACGCGAUUCGCGAGGAACUCGUUACCUCGCUGAUUACCACGAUUGGCUCUGAAGGCAAUCUGCUCGAGGAAACCUCGGAACAAUGCCGUCUAUUGCGGCUCGAUCAGCCGGUGGUGACCAAUGCCGAACUGCAAAAGAUCAAGCAGCUCGAUCAGCCAGGGUUGAAGUCGCGAACCUUGUCGAUUCUCUUCGACCGCAAGAAGGGUGCUGAGGGAAUGCGUCAGCGGCUCGAAGAGCUGCGACAAGAAGCAACCAAGGCCAUUGAAGAAGGCGUAACGAUCAUCAUCCUUUCCGACCGAGGGGUGAGCGAGAAGGAUGCCGCUAUUCCAGCGUUGUUGGCCACCGGCGGCGUGCAUCACCAUUUGAUUCGCGAAGGAACCCGAACUCACUGCGGCCUGGUGGUCGAGUCGGGUGAGCCCCGCGAAGUGCACCACUACGCUUUGCUUACCGGGUAUGGGGCCGGUGCGGUGAAUCCGUACUUGGCCUUCGCCACCAUUCGGCAGUUGCAGCGCGAGGGAUACAUCUCCGAAGAGUUCUCGGAUGAGAAGCUCGACGCCCGCUACAUCAAGGCCAUCAACCAAGGCCUGCUCAAGGUGAUGUCGAAGAUGGGCAUCUCCACGCAGCAGAGCUACCGUGGUGCUCAGAUCUUCGAAGCCAUCGGGUUGAACCAGGAAUUCAUAGACGAAUACUUCAGUUGGACACCCAGCCGCAUUUCCGGCAUUGGUCUAGAGAGCGUCGCCGAGGAAUCAUUCAAGCGACACGACCAUGCAUUCCCGCCCAAACACGUGCCCGAGGUUCUGGGGCUCGACGUGGGUGGCCAUUAUCAAUGGCGUCGUAAAGGCGAAUCGCAUGUGAUGAGCCCCGAAGUGGUGGCCAAACUGCAAGAGUCGAGUCGCCUGAACGACCGCAAGAAAUUCCGCGAGUUCUCCGAUCUCAUCGACAAGCAGGACAAGAAACUGCUCAACCUGCGAGGCUUGCUCGAAUUCAAGACCUUGCCCGAGCCAAUUCCGCUGGAGGAAGUCGAACCGGCCGAGGCCAUCGUCAAGCGUUUCGCCACGGGUGCCAUGUCCUACGGGUCGAUCUCCCGCGAAGCCCACGAAACCCUGGCCAUCGCCAUGAACCGGAUGGGUGCCAAGAGCAACACCGGUGAAGGUGGCGAAGACCCGGUGCGAUUCAAAGUCGACUCCACCGGCGACCUGCGUCGUAGUGCCAUCAAGCAGGUGGCCAGCGGUCGAUUCGGCGUAACCAGCGAAUACUUGGUCAAUGCAGACGAACUGCAAAUCAAGAUGGCCCAAGGUGCUAAGCCGGGCGAAGGUGGUCAGUUGCCCGGCCAUAAGGUCGACCGCGAAAUCGGGCGCAUCCGCAAGAGCACCCCGGGUGUCGGUUUGAUUUCGCCGCCGCCUCACCACGAUAUCUAUUCAAUUGAAGAUCUGGCUCAAUUGAUCCACGAUCUGAAGAAUGCCAAUCGCGAUGCACGCGUGAGCGUCAAGCUCGUUGCCGAAGUUGGUGUUGGUACCGUGGCCGCGGGUGUUUCUAAGGGUAAAUCCGACGUCGUGCUCAUCAGUGGUUACGACGGCGGAACUGGUGCCAGCCCGCAGACUUCCAUCAAGCAUGCCGGUCUGCCUUGGGAGUUAGGUCUUGCCGAAACUCACCAGGUGCUGGUGAUGAACGAUCUGCGUGGUCGUAUUGUCGUUCAGACCGACGGCCUGAUUCGAACUGGGCGCGAUGUGGCGAUUGCCACCCUGCUUGGUGCCGAAGAAUGGGGCGUGGCCUCGGCCGCGUUGGUCGUGGUGGGCUGCAUCAUGAUGCGGAAGUGUCACGAAAACACCUGCCCCGUCGGAAUUGCCACGCAAAACGCAGAACUUCGAAAGAAGUUCAUGGGCAAGCCGGAAUGGGUAGUCAACUACUUCAUGAUGAUGGCUGAAGAACUCCGCGAGAUUAUGGCCUCGCUUGGGUUCCGCACCAUUAACGAGAUGGUUGGUCGCGUCGAUAUGCUCGAUGCUCGACAGGCCAUCGAGCACCAUAAAGCCCGUGGGUUGGAUUUCUCCACCAUCCUGCACAAGCCACAGGUGCCGGAGAACAUCAAGACCUACUGUGCCGACCGACAAGACCACGGCAUCGAAGACUCGCUCGACAUGCGAGUGUUGCUAAAGGAAUGCGAGCCGGCCUUGACCAGUGGCAAGCCGGUGAAGGUCACCUCCGAUAUCCGCAACAUCAAUCGCACGGUGGGAACUAUCCUCUCGAGCGAAGUCACCAAGAAGUAUGGACACGAGGGGCUUCCCGAGGACACGAUUCAAAUCACGUUCAAGGGAUCGGCCGGGCAAAGCCUCAUGGCGUUUGGAGCCCCGGGCAUCACCGUUCGUGUGGAAGGCGAUGUGAACGACUACUGCGGCAAGGGGCUUUCCGGUGGAAAGGUCAUCGUCUACCCCUCGUCAGAAUCAUCGUUCGUUGCAGAAGACAACAUCAUCGCCGGUAACGUCAUCCUGUACGGUGCCACGGCUGGCGAGGUUUAUCUGAAUGGAAAAGUUGGCGAGCGGUUCUGUGUUCGUAACAGUGGUGCCUCGGCCGUCGUCGAAGGGGUCGGAGACCAUGGUUGCGAAUACAUGACUGGUGGAUACGCCGUGAUUCUCGGCCGCACGGGCCGCAACUUUGCCGCAGGAAUGAGCGGUGGAAUUGCCUACGUGCUCGACGAGGAGGGCAAUUUCGCCAAUCACGUGAAUAUGGAAAUGGUCGAACUCGAAGACAUGAGCGAUCCGGAGGAUCAGCAGCGAGUACGACAGCUCAUUGAACAUCAUGUUGAAUACACAGGUAGCGCGCGAGGUCAAAGCGUUUUGGAUAAUUGGGAUCAAUCAAUCGAGAAGUUCGUUAAGGUGAUGCCCAUCGAUUACAAGCGGGCGUUAGAAGAGCUGCGACGCGAAGAGCAAGUGGCUGCCCCACUCGAGGAGCACGACCGAGCAAAGGUCUCUAAGGAACCACCCAAAGAGCGGCUCAACCACUACAACGAGUUCUUGCAAAUCCUUCCCGAGGACGAGCUCUCUCGCCAGGGAGCGCGAUGCAUGGACUGUGGGGUUCCGUUCUGCCACACCGGUUGCCCGUUAGGGAACAUUAUUCCCGAUUGGAACGAUCUGGUUUAUCGCCACCGUUGGGAGGAAGCGCUGCAUCGCCUGCACGCCACGAACAACUUCCCGGAGUUCACCGGACGCAUUUGUCCUGCUCCGUGCGAAGCGGCCUGCGUGUUGGGCAUCAACGAAGAUCCCGUCUCCAUCAAGCAGAUUGAAGUUUCAAUUGCCGAUCGAGGGUUUAAAGAAGGUUGGAUCAAGCCCGAGCCCCCGGAGACGCGCACAGGUAAGAAGGUCGCCGUCGUAGGAAGCGGCCCCGCCGGCAUGGCGGCAGCGCAGCAACUUAACCGAGCUGGGCAUCAGGUCACGGUCUUUGAACGUGACGACCGUCCCGGUGGAUUGCUCAUGUACGGUAUCCCCGAUUUCAAGCUCGAAAAGAGUCGGGUGUGGCGACGCGUAGAGCAGAUGGAAGCCGAAGGGAUUGAAUUCCGCUGCAGUGUGAAUGUCGGUAAGGACGUGACCAUUGCCGAUCUCAAAAAGGAUUACGACGCGGUGCUUCUCUGCUUAGGUUCGACACAACCUCGUGACCUGCCCAUUCCGGGCCGGGAACUUGAUGGGGUUCAUUUCGCAAUGGAGUUCCUGCCGCAGCAGAACAAGCGAAAUCAGGGAGACGAGAUCCCUGAAGAUGUUUCAAUUCUGGCUACCGGAAAAGACGUGAUCAUCAUUGGCGGCGGCGAUACGGGUAGCGACUGCACGGGCACCUCGAACCGUCACCGCGCCAACAGCGUGACGCAGUUCGAACUGUUGCCCAAGCCGCCCGAUGUUGGCGAAUAUCCCCGUGCCGAGCAGCGUCCGCAGAAUACCCCCUGGCCGUCGUGGCCGGUCAUUCUUCGUACGAGCACUUCGCACGAAGAAGGCUGCGAUCGUCAUUGGAGUCUGUUGACGAAAGAGUUCCUGGCCGACGAUCAAGGUCGCGUGAAGGGGCUGACCACCGUCGAAAUCGAGUGGGCACCUGACGAAAACGGACGCAUGGGUUUCAAGGAAGUGGAAGGCACCCAAAAGGAAUGGCCCUGUCAGCUCGUGCUGUUGGCCAUGGGAUUCGUCGGGCCUCAGCGAUCGGGACCCAUCGACGAACUCAAGGUCGAUCUCGAUGGUCGAGGUAAUAUCCAGGCCGACGAGAACUAUCAGACGAGUGUCGAGGGAAUCUUCGCCGCAGGAGAUGCCCGCCGCGGACAGUCGCUGGUGGUGUGGGCGAUUCACGAGGGACGCGAAGCUGCACGUGCGGUGGACCACUACCUGAUGGGUGUGAGCAAUCUCCCCAGUGUGAACGCCGGCGAUUUCGCCUGGCAGUAA